CACGCGCUUCCGCUUUCGGUUUCACGCCGCGAGCCUCGCUGGACGUCACGUCACGGGCUGUCAGACAGUGAUGGCGGAGGAAGACGACGUCGAAAAGAUGAUGAACUUCCACGGCGGUUUCGAGAAAAAUGACAGGAAAAACAGCCGUUAUCCCUAUUGCAUUGUUUGGACGCCCAUUCCCAUUUUGUCGUGGCUGCUCCCCUUCAUCGGCCACAUGGGUAUUUGCACCUCUUCUGGGGUCAUACGAGAUUUUGCAGGAUCAUACUUUGUCUCGGAAGAUAACAUGGGCUUCGGUAGACCAACAAAAUACUGGAAGCUUGAUGUGGACAAGGUCUGUGGCAACGGGCCUGCAACAUGGGACAAAGCGAUCCAUGAUGCAUCUGAGGAAUACAAAUGCAGGCCGCACAAUCUGUGCUGUGAUAACUGCCAUUCCCAUGUUGCCAUGGCUCUCAACCUGAUGCGCUACGACAACAGCACAUCCUGGAACAUGGUUAAUCUCUGUCUUCUGUCUUUUGUCCAUGGGAAACACGUGAGCUGUGCGGCGUUCCUCAAGACCUGGCUGCCCUUCUUGAUGCUCUCCGGCGUCAUCACCACCUUCCUCCUCACAUUCAACCUGCAGUAAUCCUUCAGGUGGGGGUGGGAGUGGGGGUACAGACACAUAGACUCUUGCUACACUUUGUUUUUUUUUUUUUCAUUCGCUGUUGAACUGAAUGAUCUAUGUUGAUGGGACGCCCCUUCAUACAGAAACACACAAAAUGAAGGACUGCAUCAUCUCAGGAGAGAACUUGAGGAAACAGCCCGGCUGCCCUGUGGCUCAUUUUGAAAUCAGUGAUCAAGCAUUGUUUUUAUGGUUGAGCUUUUUAUUGGUCAUUUUUCUUUACAGAACAUUUAUCACACUGGAAGAGCUCAUUUGUCCUUCAGCACUCCUAAAGCUGGUGGCAAGCAUUCCUCACUAUCAGCAAGCUAUUUUAGAGAAAGUGAAGGACAAAUGUCAAGGUUUUUUUUCCCACACACUUCCACACUAGCCCUCUCACUGGGGAGUGAGAGGGGCAGCUAAUAUUUAAUAUGUCAAAGCAUUCUCCAUCAAAAACAUUUCUUACUCAGCUAGGCAAGCUCUUACCCUACUCCCUUUUCAUUCAGUCUGGUGUGUGAGCCACUUGUUUAACAACUCUUCUGUAGGAGUAUUAUAACUGUUUGCUUUGCUCUGAGUAUUAUCACAGUUUGGGUUCUUUGUUGUUUUAUUAUCAUUAUUAUCAUAAUUUUUUAUUGUUGUUGUAAAGCUAUCUACAGUUAAUGUUAAUGCCAUGCAAACAUCAUCAUGCUGUGAUACAUUUAAGGAAGACACAGUCGAUAUUUUUCAUUAACUGCAGUGAUGAAUGUGUUUUCAAAUUGGCUAAUAUAGAUUUUCAGAUAAACAGCAAGCCUUAAGCAGUGGUGAAACACUACAGAAUGGAUGGCAAAUACUUUAAUGCUGGAAAUAUAUAUCAAUCAUUAUCUGAGGUAUUAACUGCUACCAAACUAAGAAUAACGUGGGACCCGUGUGAAAAUUAGUAAUCUCCCCUAUCCUAUACACUUUUUUUUGUUUGUUUGUUUGCUUGUUUUUUUAUUUUUACAUAAGGUCAUUAUUUGUUAUUGUCGACAGAACUUGAACGAUUUUGAAAUGUGCAUCCUUAUGCUGGGUUGUUACUGUAACUACUGAAUUACACAAACUAUGAGCAAUACUACUUUACAUUAUUAUCAUUAUUAUUAUUAUUAUUAUUAUUAUCACUAAAAAACAUGCAUUGUGUUUGGUUAUUGAUGUUUUGUGUUCCAAAAGAAUAUGUUAUUUUAUACACCUGUCAUACAAGUUUAUUAGUGUUUUUUUAACAUGGUCAAUUUUGGAUGUAUUCUGUACAAAGCUUUUUUGUAUUUCCACUGGUACAGGUUACAGAAUGUGGAUGCCCUGCUCAUUCCCUGUACCUUUAAGAGAUCCAUGUACCAUUUUUUUCUCCAUGAGAUAUGAACUACCAUCAAUUUACUGGAACCUUUAUUCCCUGAAUAGAGCAGAUGAAGAAGGA